GGUUAGUGGAUGGGUAUAAAAAGGGAGGCUCAGAUGAGAACAUCCAUAUCUCUCAACAAACCAUCGAGAUGAAGACUGUUGCUCUUGUGUGCGUGUUGUUGGGCGUGGUUGCCGCCCUCCCCGGCCUCCGUCAGCGCCGUGACUCCUCGGCCCUCUUCUACGAGCUGCCCUCCAACGCCUCCCUCAUCCUGGGCGGCAUCCAGACCGGCUUCGAGUGCGGCGACCUGCCCUACGGCUACUACGCCGACGAGGCCAACAACUGCGCCGUCUUCCACGUGUGUCUGCCCUACAUCGACAACGACCUCUACAUCACCCGCCACUUCUCCUUCAUGUGCGGCGCAGGCACCAUGUUCGACCAGGAGCGCCUCGUGUGCGACUUCCCCGAGAGCGCCCUUCCCUGCUCCGAGGCCGCCGCCUUCAGGAGGUCCAACGAGUACUUCGGCCGCGCCGACGUCAACUUCCUCGAGAAGUAAAUCAGCCGUAAUCAUAUAAACCCAAUUCUUUCACGUUAAAAAAAUCAACAGCGCUUCUAUAUAUAUAUAUAUAUAAAUUUUAUCCAAAUAUGUCGAUAAAAAAUUCUCACAUGUGUCUGUUUUAGCAGACUACGAUUAUGAAUCUACAAUAAAUCAUAAACCAGCAUAUAUCACAAA